AUGAAAAUGAUGACUUUGUUGUUCUGUAUUUUCCAUUUCUUCAUGAACAUUAUUUCAUGUAAUCCUACUGAGCCCAUUUUAAUCAAGUACAUACUCGAUCUUUCAGAAAUACAGCCCGGCACUCUGGUUCAUAGUUACAGCUAUGGCGGAGUAGAGUAUUCCUCAUACCGCCCUAACUUUGAUGGGAAGUUUGUCAAGGUGACGGACGGAGAUAUCGACCUGUGGGAUUCAGCAGGAGGUGGAACCUGCUUAGAAGCUUGGACACACACCUUAGAUAAUUGCACUCUGCUUCGUUUAGUAAUCACUCUUUUAGACGGUAUAAACAGAUUCUUCUUUGUUGAGAAGGUUAAUGGAACGUGGAAUCAAGUUGACUCUGCAUAUUACGCGAACAAAAUUGAAGCUAUGCUUAAGAAUUCCUCUGAUAGCGUAAUGAUCGAUGUCGGAAAUCCAGAUUAUACAACGUGUGAAGUUAUUAGAUUUUCAAAGUAUAACAUCUCGAAUUUUGUGGGCUAUCCACUCGCAAGUUUCAAGCCCAGAAGAUUGAUGUACAAUAACUUUCUAAUUUGGGAAUCAGACGAUUACUAUUGCACGCAUUUUGCCCUGGCAGUUGCUGACCAAAAGGCUAUAGCUGAGAUUCAUAUCGAGGACGAUAACAAAUUGCCCGUAAAAUUGUACUUUUCGUUCUUUGGAACCGGAUGGAUUCGUGCUUCUCGCGAUGAGUUUCUCAUAUGGAACAGUAUGAUUAUCGCCGAAGUGACUAAAAAGGACAUGAAGAAACAACGUUACAUGCCAAUUGACAUCGAUGGAAGGGUAGAUUCCAAAAAUGCCUUAGUUUCCAUGUAUCGUUUGGAUAUGACUCCUGUGAUUGACAUCAAGCCGUCCCCAAAGCUUAUAGUAAACGCCAUUACCAGUAUGAACGAGCCAAUUUGGAAAGCUGGGGAAGAUGAGAGAUGUCUGAAUGUGAAAAAGAUUAUUUGUCCCAACGGACUGUCGAUCAUUGCUCUCACUAUCAAGGACUUUACUGGAUACCAGAGAAAGUACUUUCAGAGAAGGGACUUUUACGAACCUAUGAGUGAGGAGGAGUAUAAUGCCCAAGUUUCACUCAUCUCCAAUUCUGGGAUCAAGAAAGAUUCUUAA